AUGCCGAAGUUGCCGAACAUCCACGUUUGGUUUUGUAGAAAGGGGCCUUCACGAGAAUUGAGUGAGUCGUCCGAGUCGGGAAACGUCUGUGCGAUAACUAACUGGAAGAUAGAGGUGCACUCCACGAGUUCACGACGGUUUGAUAAGACAGAACCGGUAACAGAGGACGUGGCUAAACCCAAGCGCAAGACGAUAUGGAAGAGGACAAAGAAGAAGACGCUUGUUAUGUUGCGCUUGACGUUGGUAUGA